UGCUCAAUUUGGUGUGUAUUGCUAGAGAGGUUUUUUUUUUUUUUUGGGAGAGUGCAUGUGAUCAGCACACGGCCAAUCAGCACUGUCCAGACAGAGAGGCCAGGGGUUCUGCAUCCUCCUAGAGCAGAAUGAAAACUCCUCCUACACACUUUAACCAGUGCUCUGCUGAACACUGAUAGAAGUAACAAGACUGCUCUGCCUGCUGAUAAGAAAAGGUAUUUAGCUUUUUAUAUUUAGUAAAAUAAUUGCAUUUCCAUGUUCUGUGUACUGUGGGAGACCAGAUAAAGUGAAUGCAGGGUCCGGGGAGACCAGAUAUAG